UUGCAGUGCUGAGUAUCUUGGAAGUCUUUACACUUGCAUUUUAUCUUGAGAGGAGACAUCAUGUCAGCAAAGGGAGGACAUCAAAGCAAAGACCCAUGUGCUCCAGUGCAGCAAUGCCAACCAGCACCAUGCCAAGAUCCCUGCGCCCCGUCUAACCCUUGCCAGCAACAAGGUCAAGGACAAGGUGGAUAUGGUGGACAAGGUGGAUAUGGUGGACAAGGUGGAUAUGGUGGACAAGGUGGAUUUGUUUCACAAGGAGGAUAUAACAUGCAUGGUGGACAAGGUGGAUUUGUUUCACAAGGAGGAUAUGCUGGCCAGGGAAUAAACAGUGGAAAAGGAGGAUUUGGUGGACAAGGAGGAUAUGGUGGACAAGGAGGACAUGGUGGUGGAGUAAAUAAAUGAAAAUGAAGUCUGUAAAAAGUC